GUGAUACGUUCAACAUUUAGAUUUAUAUGUUCAUUGUUUUUAUUGAAUUGCAAACUACAGAAACCAACCAUGGAAACCUCAAUCAAAGGGAGAGAAGGAAAACUGGACUCACAAAACGUACAUGAAGGAAAUCAUGAAGCCGAGAUGUGCUAUGAAGAAGCUGAUCUACACAAACGAAUGGCAGACUGUAAGAAGAAUCCAGGUCAUAUAGGUUUUAUACCUCUUGAAGAUUUCAACACUAAUUGUCUUCCCUCACGUUACCAUGACGACGACCUCAUGUCUAAGACAAUCAAAACAAUGGCAGCCUUAACUGUCCAGGUAAAGACAAGUUUCACCAGUCUAGAGAGUUACCAGAGUUUUACCCAGGCACUCAUGAUCCAUAUCCAUGUUAUAAUGACAGAGGAAGUCACGUGAUGAGGUUAGGGACAGGGAGGAUUUGUUGGGCCGACAAGUAUACAGAGAGUGACCAAACUUGUCGUUGUGUUAAGUGUCAAGUCUCUGCCACACCCAGUAAAGUGUGGGGGGAAGUUCGUGUCUUGACAUCCACUCAUGUGGUGUUUGAUGCCAGUGAGGCGAGACAGACCAGGUGUGUUUUAUGUUUUGAUGACAAUAGCAGUCAAGGUGUCGAUCUUGAUGGCUGGGAGAUGGGUGGGGCAGAUAUUGAGAGAGACAGGAGUGUGUUGAGUUAUGUGACAUGCGACUUAGAUUUGGUUGAUGAACUGGACAAGAUGUGUCGGUGCUUGUAUGAUCUUUGUGAAAAAAUAAGCGACAAAUACAGGAGAUUUGUUAACGUGGACAAGUUGACCGUUAUAGUGUCACAUCCUCAUGGGUGUCCUAAACAGAUCUCUGUAGGACAAUGGACACGCAAACAAGAGAGGGUUGAUAGCCAUGUCUGGACUAAGUACUGGUACACAACAAGUACUUGUCCAGGCUCCAGUGGAGCGCCUAUAUUCACGCUAGGAUAUUGCGGGAGGUUGUAUCGCCAUUCCCACUGUGCAUCAAACUCUGAAGGAAAUUAUAGUGGGGAGUGGAGAGGCUGAUGCUAAUGACA